AUUGUCAAAACAUUUACCAAUAUAAUCUUGUUACUGAAACUAAAUGCUCGCGUUUUUGUCUAUAACAUGGCUAUUUUAUUGAAACAACCUUAAACCUUGGAAGAAAAGCCUUUUUUCUCUAUAUUUAUUAUGACAGUUUACGAUUUUUUCCGGUGUACUGAUAAUUCUGCCGGUGUAAUUUUUUAUAGGUUGAUAUAAUGGCGUUCCAGUCUGGAAUACUAAAGAGAAAGUUUCAAAGAGAAGUUGGUGGCUUAAAUACUCACCAGUUUCAACGACAGCUUCAAGUAACGCCAGAUCUCAUCCAGAGACUUGGGCUGGAGAGGGAGCUGCAGGGUCAUCAUGGCUGUGUCAAUUGUCUUGAAUGGAACGAACAGGGAACGUUAUUGGCCAGUGGGUCAGAUGACCUUAAUGUAAUUCUAUGGGAUCCCUUCAGAAACCGCACAAAAACCACAGUCAGCACUGGACACCAGGGGAAUAUAUUUUCUGUUAAAUUUUUGCCCAAUACCAAAGACUCCAUUCUGGUGACAGGAGCUGCUGAUUGUAAGAUCCGAGUACAUGACCUGAGUGUUAAUGAAAACACCCACGUUUUCUCCUGUCACGUGGGGCGGGUGAAACGCCUUGCUGUGGCGCCUAAUGUGCCUUUCAUGUUCUGGAGUGCCGCAGAAGACGGAACCAUCAUGCAGUUUGAUCUCAGAAGCCCAGAGUCCAGCCAGUCUAAUCCAAAGAAUGUUAUCGUAAACCUGAAUGCUCACAUGGGUCACAGUGCGGAGGCUAAGUGUCUGGCGAUCAAUCCACUAUGCCCCGAGUACCUGGCUGUCGGAGCUAACGACCCGUACAUCAGAAUGUAUGACCGACGCAUGCUGGUCUGCCGCAGUCUCAAACUACCACAGGAAAGCACAAACAGAUCUCCUUGGUCCUGGGAGAGGUCUAGUCCCUUGGUCCCGGCCUCACCUGAUGAAUUUCCCAUUCCUCAUGACGCUGUUACAUAUUUUAUUGCAGGUCAUCUGCCACAAAAGCAGCAAGAUUACAAGAAGCGCUACAGAACCCUGGCAUCCACCUAUCUGACCUUUAGCCCCGAUGGUCGGGAAUUACUGGUCAAUUUGGGGGGAGAACAGGUCUACAUCUUUGAUGUCAACAGACGCAGAAAGGCAGAAAAAUUUGACAUAUCUAUGGUACUGGCUGCCAAUGGCAUUGUUAAAGAUGCUGGUAGCAGUAAUGGCUUCCACUUACACUCCCAUAAGAAUGGUGCUUCUAACGGUGUGACAAAUGGGGUCUCCAAUGGAGUGACGGCUGCUGCUGCGGCAGUGAUGAAGGCAGAGAUGGAAGUGGAGGAAAAACACAGAGACCCCUCAGCAAAAAAGAGGCAGAAAACCCCGACUAGUGCCAAACCGAUCCCCCCCGCUGUGGAGGUUAUUAAGAAGAAAGCCAAUCGUUACUUUGAGAUGGAUCAGUGCUCUAAAGCCAUUAUUCUGUAUAACCAGGCCAUCCAGAGGGCCCCCUGGGCAUCAGUGCUCUAUGGCAAUAGGGCCGCAGCCUUUAUGAAAAGGAAGUGGGAUGGAGAUCUGUAUGCUGCUCUUCGGGACUGUCACAGUGCUCUUCACAUUGACCCAAACCAUUUAAAAGCUCACUUUCGAUUGGCCCGGUGUCUUUAUGAACUCUCAUGGCCCCAGGAAGCUUACGAUUGUUUACAGGAAUUCAAGCAUAAGUUUCCUGAUUACGCAAAGAGUAACGCAUGUGAAACAUUGGACAAAGACAUCAAAGCAGCUAUUUACUCUAAAACAGAUCAUGGGGAAGAGAAGCAUGAGUCGUCCUCUGAUACUUCAGACUCUGUUUCUCCGGGAAAGCGAGGUCUUUCCAUCUCUGACCAGGAGGCUUGCUGGCGAGCCUUGGCCAACGAUUACGAGGCCAGAUUCUGUGGUCACUGUAACACGACGACAGAUAUUAAAGAAGCGAACUAUUUUGGCAGCAAUGGUCAGUAUGUAGUGGCAGGCUCAGACGAUGGAUCAUUUUUUAUUUGGGAGAGAGACACAACUAACAUUGUAAGAGUGUUAAGGGGAGACGACUCCAUUGUUAACUGCCUCCAGCCCCAUCCCACCCAGUGUCUCCUAGCAACCAGUGGUAUUGACCCAGUUGUCAGGCUCUGGAGCCCCAGGGCAGAGGAUGGUACAAAAGAUGAGCGAGAAGUGGACAAUUCUGAUGAUGCAGCUGUAGCCAAUCAAAAGAGGAUGAAUGCUGACCCCCUGGAGGUCAUGCUGAUGAACAUGGGGUACAGGAUCACGGGAGUGUUUGAUGUGGACGAGGAAGAGCAAAACAAUAAUGACCAGUCCGUUCAAUGUCGUCCUAGCUAGGGCCAAUUGACCAGUCUGUUCAAGUUUGUCCUAGCAAGGGCCAAUUGACUGACCCACUUAAUGUCAUCCUAGCAGGGACAAUAAUGACCAGUCUGUUUAUCUUAGCUAGGGCAAUUAUGAGCAAUUUUGUUGUAUAUAAUUGUCCGAACUAGGGCAAUAAUGACUGAUCUGUUAUUGUCUUAAUAAGAACAAUAUAUACCAAUCUGUUUAAUGUCUUCACUAAGACGAAAAUGUCAGGUUUGUUAAUGGCUCAGCCAGGAUUUUAACAUUAAAUGACCAUUCAUUGUCAGUUGUUACCCUAGCUAAGACAAAAAUUCCUGGAGUGUUCUGAUAUGUGAUAUAUAGAGAGAGCUGCUACUGAUGGUUGUCAAGUUCUGUCACGAGACAUUAAAUGCACACCAACUGAUGUGCAUCAAGAAGCAUUAUAAUUAAUUAUAUAAAAGAAAUAUCAAAUAUUUUUUUGUACAGAAGUUCCUUUCUAAGCAAGAAUUUCUCCAAAAAGAUUUUAUUUAAACAUGAAUGCAUGUAUAUUUCUUAGAAACCUUGAUAUAAUGCUUAACUAUAUACAUUUCAGUUGUAAAUAUUGUACAUGCUAAUAAUAAUUUAAUUAUGUAUGGACAGCUUAUUGUUUGACUUAACAUUUGUAUAAUCUUACUGGUUUGACCAUUAUGUAAGGGAAAAGAGAUAAUUCAAGAAUUUGAGUAACCAUUGACAGUUGCAGGUGUUUGUGGAAUGUAGGUGACAUUAAGGAUGUUUAUUGAUCAGCUGAUCAGCUUGCCAUACCUGUUACUCUGAUCAUGUGAUAAUCCGUGCUAUUUGUUUGUUACAUUUGAUUAUUUUGUUAGUUUUGUUGACUUCUCAAUCAUUAUAUGCAGUAAGGCUUUUUUUCUUUUGUUGCUUUGACUCUUGUUUUAAAACCAGUUGUGUAGACAUUGUUCAGUGUAAUUUUUUUUUAACAUUCAAAAUGUUUUUUUUCACAGUUGAAAUUAGACAGUGAGAAAGUGAAUCAAGAAGAUUAAUAAUCUUCGAGAAGAAAUGAAUAAACUGAGGUCUUUGUACCUAAGAAAUGGUGAAAAA